AUGAGGGGCCGCGAUUGGCUAAAAGCUUCAACCAGUGUUGCCAUUGUGCAAGUUCUCUAUCUCCACAAACUUCCCUCGUUUGUCCGGGUGAGCCUCUCAUCUCAUCCGCCUGCAUCAAUUUUGGACUGCGUUACCGUUGUUUCGUCCCGUGUCUUUGUGUGUGCGUUAUACCAUCACUCUCAAGUGCUUAAAAGUGUCCGAUCGCACCCAAAGCUUUUAUCGCUGCAGCACAUGAACGACGCUUUCUUAUCGUGCAGAGGGGACGCACCCAUGACCCCCCUGGGUACUGAUGCUCCGCUUUUUGCUGCUACCGUGUCCCCGCGCGACCCUGGGGCCAAGCUAGCUGCUGUGGCCACAACCGCAACGUCCAAAUCCCAGUCCAGCACUUUAUCCAACUCCUUUGCAAGUCAUCGCCUGUGCAUCCCGAGCGAUGACGUAUCGGACGAUGACGAAGACGAUGCUGAAGACAAUUCGCAUGGAGGUUCAGGCAAGUCUCACAAGGGCAACACUGGUCGCUGGACCGAAUCUGAACACAAGCUUUUUCUACAAGGUCUAGAAACUUUCCCCUAUCGUGCUUGGAAGAAGAUUGCUACACUUAUCAAGACGCGCACCGUCGUGCAGAUUCGGACCCAUGCUCAGAAGUAUUAUCAAAAAUUGGAAAAGGAGGAGGCCCGUUUAAAGGAACGCGAAGCACAGGAUCGCGCAGCAGUCGCUGCAGGCGUAGCACCUUCAAUUAUUCCUUCGAGCCCCGCCUCGCAGAAAAAGUUGCAUUAUAUGCGAAAGCGCAAAUACUCUUUACUUGAGAUGAAUAUGGACAUGGAUGACUCGACUGUGCUCCCCAGUGUACCUAAGCGUCUCGCCCGCGAGAAACAGCUUGCUACUCAUAUGUCCCCUAAGCAGAAAACAUCUUCGCUUUUAGGUAACAAGUUGUCUUUCGGUAAUCCCACGGACAGUCGAUUCAUGUUUGCACGCAGCAUAAAAAACCAAAAUGCUACGCAGCCUCCUCACCUGCCGAUGGACUUUGCCGAUGCCGCAGCAGAAGUGAUGAUUCUUGAUUUUGCGGAGGAUAAGUCCCUAGCCGACUAUUCGGUCGACUGUGUGGACCAGACCCUCGCGUCUAUUGACAAUGACGACUUGUUGCAGCUUACAGAAGAAGAGUUGGAGUGGUUUUCCACAUCUGAUACAGCGCAAGAAGCCACCGAAAAUUCGAUACAAUCUGGUGCCUCCGAAACGAUAGACGUCGAACCUUUUUUGGAGCUGGACAACACUAUUGAUAGCGAGAAUUUUGCAGCGGACUUGUGUCUUGAGGAUGCAGAUGACGAUUUUGUGUUGGACCCGGAAAAAUUCUUGACAAGUUACUUUGCUCCGAAUGAGAAGUUAUAA